AUGUAUCUAACUUGGUUACGCAAUCACCUUAGUAACCUCAAACCGGAAGAUUAUUACAAGAAGCUUGGUUAUUCUCACAAUUUAAGGAGUCAUGCCGAGGAGAAAUUGCAUAAGAUGCUCAAAUUGAUCAUAAAAGAGAAUUACAUAAUUAAUCGCAAGAAAGCGACGAAUUUCUUAAAUAAUUUUGUGGUAAAUGAGAAUAUCACUGCUAGCUCCAUGGACACAUUCAUCCGAGUGCGAGAUGUAUUGGUAGAAGCCUCAUUUGGCAAGUUAACACACGAAGUGGUAGGACGAAAUUCGGCGUACAAAACUAUCAAAAACGUCACUAAAAAGAUCUAUUAUAAGACAGAGGUUCUGAACGAAUUUCAACCGCCUUCAAAAAGACUCAAGGAGGAUAAACUCGAACAGCCACAUACUCCAAAAGAUAAG